AUGGCUUCAUUUAUCACCACCAUCAAUGCGCGCACGCGAGCCCCCUUCAAACCGCGAUCGGCGGCCAAAGGAACCAGCAGUUACCAGUUGAGACAGUUCGCAGAGGCAACGCUUGGAAGCGGUAGUCUCCGGAAGGCCGUGAUUCUUCCCGAGGGCGAAGACCUGAAUGAAUGGCUUGCGGUUAAUGUUGUCGAUUUCUACAACCAGAUAAACCUUCUUUACGGCUCAAUUACAGAGUUCUGCUCGCCGCAGUCAUGUCCGGAGAUGAAAGCGACAGAUGAAUUUGAAUACCUCUGGCAGGAUUCGGAGAACUUUAAGCGGCCCACGAAGAUGUCAGCCCCGGAAUACAUCGAGCACCUGAUGAGCUGGGUCCAGAGUAAUAUCGACAACGAGCAGAUGUUCCCCAGCAGGCUGGGCGUCCCAUUCCCAAGAGCGUUCACCAGCCUAGUGCGACAGAUCUUCAAGCGGUUGUAUCGAGUGUACGCACACAUCUACUGCCACCACUACCCGGUCGUGGUGCAUCUGGGACUGGAGCCCCAUCUCAAUACGAGUUUCAAACACUACGUGUUAUUCAUCGACGAGCAUCGGUUGGCGAGCGGGAAGGAUUUUUGGGGACCGUUGGGGGAUCUGGUGGAGAGCAUGUUGCGCAGCGAUUAG